AAUUUUUUUUUUUUUUUGUUAGGUAUAGUUUAAUCAAAUCACGGUGGAGGAGAUUAUCGGACUUGCUUUGAAAACUGAGUGGUAUAAAUAUCAAUCACAGAUUCCUUUGAUAUAUCAUUUAUCGUUAACUAUUGCAAACAAACAUGAAAUACCUUAUUGUUGUAAUCCUUGCUGCUAUCUGUGGUUCAGCUUUGUGCGGAAUGGCAGAUUGGCAAGAAAACCAAAAACAAUGUUGUGAUAAACAUAAUGUCAAGCUUAAGGAUGCUAUUGAUGCAGUUCAUGGUAGGACGAAAGAAGCCGAUUUAACUCCUGAUAUGAAAUGCUUUUUCUUGUGCAUGGGUGAAAAGCAAAAUAUUAUCAAAGAUGGCAUAUUCCAGGCACAAGUUUUUAAGGAUGCUCUAUCAGGUAUUGCCGAUAAGGAUAUGGUAGCAAAAGUUACAGAAGAAUGCAAUAUUAAAGGAACAGAUGACUGCGAUACUGGUUACAAGGUGGCAACUUGCAUGGCUAGAAAUAAUGUUAAGAAACAAAUGUAAGAAAUAAGUCAAGACUGACUUAGUAACCUUAUAAAUAAUACAAACAUAAUUUUG